CAUUCUGCAUGCGCUCCUGUCUGAGCGCCUUCUAGCGAGACAUGGACGAAGUACCGCUAAUGUCCCCGGCGUCUGCCGGUAACGGCGAUUGUGAGGGAUUUGAAGUUGAAGAUGCUGAUGUGCUGUUACCGCGGCAAUGGGGUCACGAAGCAACGACCUCUGACAAACUGCACUAUUACCUGUGCACUUUCUGGGCAAACAUUUUCUGUCGGUGCUGCGAUUGGAUAUCGCGGUCAUGCAGGCGAAACAAGGAGUAUCGUAGUCGCAUGCUACAUAUCGGUGAGGCACCAUCGGGCAAGUUUCCGUCCAAUGUUAUACGCAACCAGAAGUACAACAUCCUCACCUUCAUUCCUUUGGUUCUGUUUGAGCAGUUCAAGUUCUUCCUGAAUCUUUACUUCCUGAUUGUUGCCAUCUCUCAAUUCAUCCCUGAUGUGCGCAUUGGUUACUUGUACACCUACUGGGGCCCUCUGGGCUUCGUUCUUGCUGUGACGAUGAUUCGAGAGGCUCUGGAUGACUUCCGUCGCUAUCGGAGAGACAAGGAAGCCAACUCACAGCUGUACAGCAAACUUACCCAUGCUGGCAUCCAGCGAGUACCUAGCUCUGCUAUACGUGUUGGAGAUCUCGUAUUUGUCGAAAAGAACCAGCGUGUCCCGGCUGACCUGGUGUUGUUGCGUACGACUGAGAGGAGUGGCUCCUGCUUUGUUCGUACCGAUCAACUAGAUGGAGAGACAGACUGGAAGCUGAGGAUUGCUGUCAGCUGCACACAGUUACUCGGGGGUGAUGCUGACUUAUUCAAUAUGAAUGCCUCAGUCUAUGCAGAAAAACCACAGAAGGAUAUCCACAGUUUUAUUGGAACAGUGCGACGGACAGACGACGAGGGGCUGGGGUGUGAGGCACCACUGAAUAUAGAGAAUGCAGUGUGGGCGAGCACGGUGGUCGCAUCUGGCACCGCGCUCGGCAUGGUCGUCUACACCGGCUCCGAGACACGCAGCGUCAUGAACACCUCACAGCCACGCUCAAAGGUUGGACAACUUGAUCUUGAAAUCAACACUCUGACAAAGGUUCUGUUCGUAUCUGUGAUAAUUGUGUCCCUCUUCAUGAUUUCCAUAAAGGGCUUCACUGGUCCCUGGUACAGAUAUUUGGCCCGCUUCAUCCUGCUGUUCUCAUACAUCAUUCCUUUAAGCUUACGCGUGAACCUGGACAUGGGCAAGGCGACGUACUCGUGGAUGAUCCAGCGGGACAAAGAGCUACCAGGUGCAGUCGUGCGCAGCACCACCAUACCAGAGGAGCUCGGUCGCAUCGUCUACCUGCUCAGUGAUAAGACGGGCACGCUGACGCAGAACGAGAUGGUUUUUAAGCGAGUGCAUCUUGGUACAGUAUCGUUUGGCGCUGACACCAUGGAUGAGGUGCUGACACACGUUAGGUCUGUGUAUAUGCCGGCAGCAUCAGGCAGCUCCAGCAGCACCCCAACACGUGCCACUGUGAUGGCCAUGCCCCGGGUGCGACGCACGGUGGUGACGCGGGUUCAUGAAGCUGUCAAGGCGAUCGCACUGUGCCACAACGUGACGCCCGUCUUUGAGGCUGACAACGUCGAGCACUCCGACACGGAGGCAGACCAGCAGAUCGGCGCAACGUGCACAUACCAGGCAUCGAGCCCGGACGAGGUGGCACUCGUAGCGUGGACAGAGAGUGUGGGAUUGGCACUCGUUAAGCGUGACCUGACAACAAUGACACUAAGGACGCCGAUGGGCACUAACCUUGUCUACACCAUCCUUGAGAUAUUUCCCUUUACGUCUGAGAGCAAGCGCAUGGGAAUCAUCCUAAAGGAGCAUGGCACAGGUGAGAUCACGUUCUACCUGAAGGGUGCCGACGUUGUCAUGGCAACGAUCGUGCAGUACAACGAUUGGUUGGAUGAGGAAUGUGGCAACAUGGCACGAGAGGGGCUGCGAACUCUGGUUGUCGCCAAGAAGGUGCUGACCGAGGAUCAGUAUGAGGAUUUCGCUGCGCGCUACCACCACGCGAAGGUGAGCGUCGUGAAUCGUGCAGGACACGUGCAGGCGGUGCUCGAGGGGCUGGAGCGCGACAUGGAGCUGCUGUGUGUCACCGGCGUCGAGGACAAGCUGCAGACGGAUGUGCGGCCGACCCUCGAGCUGCUGCGCAAUGCAGGCAUCAAGGUGUGGAUGCUGACAGGUGACAAGAUGGAGACGGCGACAUGCAUUGCGAAAAGCUCGCGGCUCGUGUCUCGCUCUCAGACCGUGCACACGCUCGCGCCUGUUGCGACGCGCACCGACGCACACCUCCAGCUAAACACAUUCCGCCGCCGCAGCGACUCUGCCCUCGUUAUUACGGGCGAGUCCCUUGAGGUGUGUCUUAAGUACUAUGAGCACGAAUUCAUGGAGCUUGUCUGUCAGUGUCCAGCAGUUGUCUGCUGCCGUUGCUCACCGACGCAGAAGGCCGACAUCGUGCGUCUGUUGAAGACGCACACGGGCAAGCGGACGUGUGCAAUCGGUGACGGCGGCAACGACGUCAGCAUGAUACAGGCGGCGCACGCUGGCAUCGGCAUCGUCGGCAAGGAAGGGAAACAAGCAUCAUUGGCUGCUGAUUUCUCGAUCAUUCAGUUCAGCCACAUUGCAAAACUGCUCCUUGUUCACGGGAGAAACAGCUACAAGCGCUCUGCAUCGCUAAGUCAGUUUGUGAUGCAUCGGGGUCUCAUCAUCUCAGCCAUGCAAGUCAUCUUCUGCUCAGUCUUCUAUUUUGUCUCCAUACAGAUGUUUCCCAGCUUCUUGAUGGUCGGGUUUUCCACGCUGUACACGAUGUUUCCCGUGUUCUCUCUCGUUUUGGACUCCGAUGUGUCAUCAGAGGUGGCCCUCACCUACCCAGAACUCUACAAGGAGCUGACGAAGGGAAGAUCACUGUCUUUCAAAACCUUUUUCAUUUGGGUGCUCAUCAGUAUAUAUCAAGGCGGCAUCAUCAUGUACGGAGCGUUCCUGCUGUUUGACGCGGAGUUCAUCCACGUCGUCGCAAUCACGUUCACUGCCCUCAUCCUCACCGAGCUGCUCAUGGUUGCGCUCACCAUCCGCCGCUGGCACUGGACGAUGGCCGUCGGUGAGCUGCUCAGCCUCGCCAUCUACCUGCUCUCACUCGUCAUCCUCAACGACUACUUCGAUGCAUCUUUCAUAUCGACGUGGGACUUCAUAUGGAAGGUGACAAGCAUCACACUGGUCAGCUGUCUACCACUCUACAUACUCAAAUAUUUGCGCAAGAGAUUCUCGCCUCCCAGCUACCAGAAGUUGACCUAGUCGUCGCUAAACUGUCUUCCUCAGUGAUGCAUGCAAACACUAGCUCCACCUGUGUGCCUGAAUGUGAAUGUCGUGUUACAUAUCUGCCAAUCCCGAAUCUGUUUCGUGGACUACUUUGAUGUAGGUUUGCUACGAUUUAGCGUCGAGGUUAGCUAUGUGAGGAAUUUAUUUAUUGAUGUACAUAGGUUAUGAACUAAUGUUGGGUGGAUCUCUAUGGAAUAUAAUGAAUCACUAUUAUGAGUGUAAAUAAUAUAUGCUCCCAAAUCAAUCAAAUCCUCUAUCCAUCUAUCUAUCUUUGUGUGUGUGUGGCAGUGUU